AUGGAUCCUGCUGCUCCCGCCACUGCUGCUGCCCCUGUCUCAGCCCUGGCUCUAAGCAUCGUCCCAGCCAUAGCUCAGGGCCCCCUGGCACUCCCUGACCUGUUAAGCCCAUCGCCCCCUCUCUCCUGUGGACAAGAAGUAGACGGGAGUGAAAGACGGGUUUGUCUUUGGAGGCCCUGGCUGUGCUCUACAAAUGACUCCCCAAGGAAGGUGAGGAAACUUGUGGAUUUGGCCACUGGUGGGGCAACAAGUGCUGAGGUCACCAAAGCUGACUUUGAGUUCCAUCACCCCGUCAGGCUCUUCUGGCCCAAAUCCCGCUUCUUUGACUACCUGUAUAGUGAUGGGGAGAUUUUACUGCAGCACUUCCCUGUCCAGGCAACCAUCAAUCUGUAUGAGGACUCAGACAGCGAAGAGGAGGAGGACGAGAAGGAAGAGGACGAAGAAGAGGAGGAGAAAAAGGAGGCAGAUGAAAAGGGGCCAGAAGGGUGUGUGAGGGUACCAGGGUCAGCACCACACAGGGCCGCAAUUCAUCUUCCUUCCUAGCCCCUGACCUCUCCAAACUGAGCCGGUCAGAGUCUGAUUAGCGUUCUGUACACCUGGCAAGGCUCCAGGGCAUCAAUCAGCCAGGAAUGUCCAGGCACAGCUCUCUGGAUUGAAAGUUGGGUCCUUGAGUCAGCAACUCACACUGGCUGUACCCAACUGGCCUGUGAGCCCAGGCCUCUGACAUCUCAUUGUCUGGGUUGUUAUUGUGUUGACAGUAGGAGAGUCCUAGGGGCUCUAGGGGAAGGAAGACAUGCUUUCUGAAGCCCCCAGAAAGCAGAUCAGGACAAAGCAUGCCCAU